UCUCAAUAACGUCACAUGGUACAACCGGACAUGACCUAUUACCAAAUCUCAUUUCCGUUUGGCUAAUCUCGAACAAGUGAAUUUUUCAACGUGAUCGUAUGAGAAGAUCCUUUUACUUCUUACUCCAUCAUGGGUAUCAGUCGUGCGAAUUGGCAUAAGCGAAAAGCGACUGGGGGUCGUAAGGUUCAAAUCCGCAAGAAGCGGAAUUAUGAGCUUGGCAGACCGGCUGCCAUGACAAAGCUGGGGUCCAGAAGAGUUCACACAGUAAGAACCAGAGGUGGCAACAGAAAAUUCCGAGCUCUUAGACUAGACACAGGCAACUUUGCUUGGGGAUCUGAAAGCAUCACCCGCAAAAGCAGAAUUAUAGAUGUUGUAUACAAUGCCAGUAAUAAUGAGUUGGUAAGAAUGAAGACUUUGGUAAAAAGUUGCAUCGUAACAAUUGAUGGUACUCCUUUCCGACAAUGGUAUGAAGCUCAUUAUGCUCUGCCUCUGGGUAGGAAAAAAGGCGUGAAAUUGACUGAACAAGAAGAAUCUGUUCUUAACAAAGUGCGUUCACGAAAGAAUCAAAGAAAAUACACAUUACGGCGUAAGACAGCUAAAGUUGAGCCAGCUCUUCAAGAAGAAUUCAUGACUGGUCGAUUAUUAGCGAAAAUCACUUCACGACCAGGUCAAUAUGGUAAAUCUGAUGGUAUUGUACUUGAAGGAAAAGAACUUGAAUUUUAUAUGAGGAAGAUCAAGGCGAAGAAAGGGAAAUAGUUGUCUCAAGUGGGGUGUCGCCUAUAUUUUGGGGAAAUCGGGAGAUUCCUUGAUCUCCUGCUGUGAGAGUGGUCAUUCUUUCUGUUGGAAUGCCUGUCAGAGAUAUUACAAUAAUUGGGCAAAUAAAGUACAAUUGUUAAGCGGUA